ACAGGAAUUAUUUUUAGAAAUGGAACUGUGCGACAACUUCAUGAACGAAGCGUUGCCGGGCGUACGAGGUCUAUGGUAGUUUGCCAAAACUUGAAAACCCUUAGUUCUUGGUACCACGUGAGUUCUUUCGGAACAGACGGGAUUCAGAUCAUGGGCGGGUCGAAAACGAGCGAAGAGAAGGGGAAAUGUGCCUCGUGUGGGAAUGAAGCAGAGACACGGUGCACGGGCUGCAGGAACGUCUUCUACUGUGGGAGAGAGUGCCAGAAAAAAGGAUGGUCGCAACACAAGGAUACCUGCAGGCCCUUCGCCGUGAGCAAGAAGAAAGAUGUCGGGCGUUUCCUUGUGGCGUCAAGAGACCUCGCUGUGGAUGACGUCAUUCUGUGUGAAGCCCCCCUAGUCAUGGGGCCAAAACAGAUGACUGAGCCUGUCUGUCUGGGAUGCUACAAACACAUCACCAGCAAUUACAGAUGCCCCCGCUGCUCGUGGCCGAUGUGCGGGCCGGAGUGCGAUGCCCAGCCCGACCACGAGCCCGAGUGCCAGGUCACGAGUGCCGCCGGGCUUAACCUGGACGCCGAGAUGGCCAGCGCCGACACGCCCGUCCACCUGUACGAGGUCGUCACGGUUCUCAGAUGCCUCGUGAAUGCAAGCAGGGACAGCAAGAAGUGGCGAGCAAGCACAGAACGCCUGAAUACUCGGUACCUGAAAGCCGUCGGGUCGCCCCAGUACCACCACAACCAGGAAUAUGUGGUUAAUGUCUUGCGGGAUAAGUUCCUCCUUCACCAACACCCGGGAGUUGAUGCGUCUGAUGCUGCCAUACACACUGCUCUAGGCUUGCUGCAGAUCAACAACAUUCCCACAAAGACGCACUAUGGAGAAGUUCAAGCCAUUUACCCAAUGUCUUCGUUACUGAGUCAUUCGUGCAUCCCCAACACCAAAAUGCAGUGGGAGAACGGACGUCUGACCGUACGGGCAUCAGACCCCAUCAAACGCGGCGACCCCAUCACCGCCAUCUUCACAGACAUCCUCUGGGGCACGAGGGCAAGGCAAGACCACAUCCAGCAGACGAGACUCCUCACCUGCACUUGCAAACGGUGCCAGGACCCGACGGAACUUAACACCUUCUUCUCUGCUCUGAAAUGCCGAAGGUGCGGGGGGACUGUGUUACCCGAGAAGCCCUUGGACGUCGCGAGUCCUUGGCUCUGUCGGGAGUGCUCUCAUCAGAUGACCACAGAAGAAGUACUAGGAACGAAUUUGGCCCUGGGUGCGGCCGUGGAGGUGGCACUGACCAAACCCUCCAUAACGUCCCUCGAGGCUCUGCAGAAGGAGUGGGUGCAGCGAGUCCAUCCCAACCACUACCACCUCCACGCCGUCAAGCACUCGCUCCUGCAGCUCUACGGGAGAUCCAAGGAGAAAGCCAACGAGGAGGAGAAGGACGAAGCCCACUGGAUCGAGAUCGACAAGAAGGAGAAAGUCUGCAAGGAAUUCCUCACCGUGUGUUCCCGUCUGGAUCCUUCCACCCAGCACACGGUCCCUUUCGUCGGCCUCACGUUCUACGAAUACCACAAGACGAUCCUGCAGAACGCCCAGCGCCACUUUUCCCAGGCGAAGCUGACGACGCAGCAGCUCAAGAAGCGAAUGCUCCUGUCCAAAGCUUUGUUACGAAAAUCUCUCGAGAUAUUCAAGAACGAACCGGAGGAUACACCCGAAGGCCAGCUGUGUAUUACGUGUGAGGAAGAAAUCAUUCGUAUUGGAAAGUGGAUGCUUGCAGUAGGGUUGGUAUGAGGGUUAGUGUGAGUCGGUGUAUGGGUUAGCAUGAGAGAGAGAAGGAGAGUGAGGGAAAGAGAGAGAAAGAGAGAAAAAUAUGAUGGGAGAGAGAUAUCAGAUUCAAUAGAGUGAGAGAAUAAGAAAAGAUUGGAAAGAGAGGGAGAGGG